AUGACCACGUCUCGGAACAAUCUGACCUUGGCCGCAAGCACCGAUGCUUUGACCACCGAUCCCUUUGCGACGUACGCUCAAGGCGACUUUGCAGGCCUGCCUGCCCGACUGAAGGACAUUGGCCCGUUCUGGAAGCACGUCGGUUGGGGAAGCCUCUUCCGUCAUAUGCCACGGGUCCCUACGCAAUUUGUCAAGCUGUCUGACCUUGUGCGAGACGAGUGGGCCGAGGUCCGCAUCAAUGUGCUCGGCUACAUCGCUCAUGUUCCGCACCUGAUUCUGCGCCAUUCCAUCAGGACCUGGGACAUCAACGUGACCUCUCUGCCCGACGGCGAAAAAGUUGACAUCGACAUUGAGCUUCGCCUACCUGCGCCCUCGUAUCCUUGCCUUUCCGACGAAUCCUUCCCCGGUCUGCCUAUGGAUCGUAGGUCGCUUGUGGCCAUACUCAACGUCAAACUCAUGACCUCGCCGCACAGUGGAGAAAUCCACCUCAAAGCCGAUGAGGAGACGUCCAUUUUUCGUUUUCAAGAUGGCUGCGACUGCGGUCGUUCUUAG